AUGCGGUCAAGACGGGUUUUGGUCCUGCCGCUAAUGCUGCUGCUACAAUUAACUUUGAACUGCCGAGAAGCUCAAUCACUGCCCGAUAUCAUCAAGAUAGGAGGGCUCUUCCAUCCCGCCGACGACCACCAGGAGCUGGCCUUCCGCCAGGCCGUGGACCGCAUCAAUGCCGACCGAUCCAUCCUGCCGCGCUCCAAACUGGUGGCCCAAAUCGAGCGCAUCUCGCCCUUCGACAGCUUCCACGCCGGAAAAAGGGUUUGUGGCUUACUGAACAUCGGUGUGGCAGCCAUUUUUGGGCCACAAUCCUCCCACACCGCCAGCCAUGUGCAGAGCAUUUGCGACAACAUGGAAAUUCCCCACUUGGAGAAUCGCUGGGACUACCGGCUGAGACGCGAAAGCUGCCUGGUGAAUCUUUAUCCGCACCCUAAUACGCUCUCCAAGGCUUACGUGGAUAUCGUGCGACACUGGGGCUGGAAGACUUUCACCAUUAUCUACGAGAACAAUGACGGCAUCGUGAGGCUGCAGGAGCUACUCAAGGCCCACGGGAUGACGCCGUUUCCCAUUACUGUGCGCCAGCUGAGCGACAGCGGGGAUUACCGUCCCCUGCUGAAGCAGAUCAAAAACUCGGCGGAGGCGCACAUUGUGCUCGACUGCUCCACGGAGCGCAUCCACGAGGUGCUGAAGCAAGCGCAGCAGAUUGGCAUGAUGAGCGACUAUCACAGCUACCUGGUGACCUCACUGGAUCUUCACACAGUCAACCUGGAUGAGUUCCGGUAUGGCGGCACCAAUAUCACUGGAUUCCGGCUGAUCAACGAGAAGAUCGUAUCGGAUGUGGUGCGCCAAUGGAGCAUCGACGAGAAGGGUCUGCUGCGAUCCGCCAACCUGACCACCGUGCGCUCCGAAACGGCCCUCAUGUACGAUGCAGUGCAUCUGUUCGCCAAGGCGCUGCACGACCUGGACACCUCCCAGCAGAUCGACAUCCAUCCGAUCAGCUGCGAUGGUCAGAGCACCUGGCAGCACGGCUUCAGUCUGAUCAACUACAUGAAGAUCGUCGAGAUGAAGGGCCUGACCAAUGUGAUUAAGUUCGAUCACCAGGGCUUCCGCACGGACUUUAUGCUGGACAUUGUGGAGCUGACACCGGCGGGCAUUCGGAAGAUCGGCACCUGGAACUCCACGCUGCCGGAUGGCAUCAACUUUACUCGGACCUUUAGCCAAAAGCAGCAGGAAAUCGAGGCCAAUCUAAAGAAUAAAACGUUGGUGGUCACCACCAUAUUGAGUAAUCCCUACUGCAUGCGCAAGGAGUCGGCUAUUCCUCUAAGUGGCAAUGAUCAGUUUGAAGGCUAUGCAGUGGAUCUGAUCCAUGAGAUCUCAAAAUCUCUGGGCUUCAACUAUAAAAUACAAUUAGUACCAGAUGGCAGCUAUGGAAGUCUUAAUAAACUGACGGGCGAAUGGAACGGCAUGAUCCGGGAGUUACUGGAGCAGCGUGCCGACUUAGCUAUAGCAGAUCUCACCAUCACCUUUGAGCGAGAGCAGGCGGUGGACUUCACCACACCGUUUAUGAACUUGGGUGUGUCCAUAUUGUACCGGAAACCCAUUAAGCAGCCACCCAACUUGUUCUCCUUCCUGUCUCCUCUAUCCUUGGACGUGUGGAUCUACAUGGCCACUGCCUAUUUGGGUGUCUCUGUGCUCCUGUUCAUCCUGGCUAAAUUCACUCCAUACGAAUGGCCUGCCUAUACGGAUGCCCAUGGCGAGAAGGUCGAGAGUCAGUUCACCCUGCUCAAUUGCAUGUGGUUUGCCAUAGGAUCGCUGAUGCAGCAGGGCUGUGAUUUCCUGCCCAAGGCUCUAUCCACCCGCAUGGUGGCUGGCAUUUGGUGGUUCUUCACCCUGAUCAUGAUUUCAUCGUACACUGCCAAUUUGGCCGCCUUUUUGACUGUCGAGCGUAUGGACUCACCCAUCGAAAGUGCCGAGGAUUUGGCCAAACAAACGAGAAUCAAAUACGGCGCCUUGAAGGGCGGCAGCACAGCUGCUUUCUUCAGGGACUCUAAGAUCUCCACAUAUCAGCGCAUGUGGUCUUUCAUGGAAUCAGCUCGUCCCUCUGUCUUCACAGCCAGCAAUGGCGAAGGAGUUGAGCGGGUGGCCAAGGGAAAAGGAUCAUAUGCCUUUCUAAUGGAGUCCACAUCCAUUGAAUAUGUGACCGAGCGCAACUGCGAGCUGACGCAAGUUGGUGGAAUGCUGGACACCAAGAGUUAUGGCAUAGCCACUCCGCCCAAUUCCCCCUAUAGAACCGCCAUUAACAGCGUGAUACUCAAGCUGCAGGAGGAGGGCAAGCUGCACAUCCUGAAAACGAAGUGGUGGAAGGAAAAGCGCGGCGGUGGCAAGUGCCGCGUGGAGACCUCCAAAUCCUCAUCGGCGGCCAAUGAACUUGGACUGGCCAAUGUCGGGGGCGUCUUUGUGGUCCUCAUGGGCGGCAUGGGCGUAGCCUGCGUCAUCGCCGUCUGCGAGUUCGUUUGGAAGUCACGCAAGGUCGCCGUGGAGGAGCGCCUAAGUGCGAUACUGAAUGAAUGA